AGAAGGGGGCGGAGUGGGGGCUCGGGCUCACCCAUCACCACACCAUCAUCAAGUUGAAACAAGUUGGAAUGACUUCAACUUCUUUGUGAUUCAUUCUUAGAGUAAUUCUUGGGCUGUCUUUGUCCUGGCCUUCAUUGCUGCAUGACAUUGUGUGUGUCGUAGAAUGGAUCAAGGAUUAGCAGGAAAUGGCAACCAGCGGCGCUAUGGAGCUACUGAUGGUGUGCCUGGAGUUGCUUUUGCCGGGGGUUUAGGUCGUAGCGGUCUGGCUGGAGGGGGCCUAGCUGGUGACAGCAAUGUGUCACAGUUCAGUCCAACAGAGCUUUAUAAUCUCUGUGAAAAUAUAACUACAAACAUCUACACAAUUAACAAUGGGCGGAAAAUGGUGGAGAAAGAGCUGCGGUCCAUUGGGACUCCUAAGGACACUCAAGGUUUGCGCGACCAGAUCCAUGUAACACAUGUCAGUUGUAAUGAUGUAGUAGCUCAAACAACUCAAGAGUUGGCUCGUCUUACUGAAGUUGUAAGACGAGGAAACAAGCAACAGAAAUUGCAAUCAGAACGUCUCAGAGAAGAGUUUUCGGAGGCUGUCACUAACUAUGGUAGAGCUCAAAAGCAAAUCUCAGACAAGAUGAAGUUGCAUCUGCCAGUGACUACACCGGGGUACCCAGAACCUGACCUUCCUGAUGAUGAAUCGGAGCGCUUGUUGGCUGUGGAGAGGAGGCAACAAGAACAAAAGCUGAAGCAGCGUGAGCUUGAGUUCGAAGCAGGUCUUAUAGAAGAGCGCACUCAGCGAAUUCAAGUUAUUGAAAAUGACAUCAUUGAUGUAAAUAAAAUUAUGAGAGAUCUAAGUGCUAUGGUUCAACAGCAGGGAGAAGUAGUUGGGUCUAUUGAGGAUGGUAUCGAGAAUGUCCAUGGUAAUGUUGAGCUGGGUCGACAAGAACUGGACAAAGCAGCAGGAUAUCAAAAUAAAUAUCGACGAAAAUUAUUUUGCCUACUUGUGACAGCAUCUGUUGUUCUUACCGUGUUGGGAAUUAUCAUCUAUGUUUCUGUCAAGAGAUGAGUUCAAGAGUCUGCUUGUCCCUUAGCACCACCAGUCUUGCCAUAUUGAAGAGGGAAAGUUUGCUUUACCUACUUCACAUGUGGAACUAGCAAGGUGCACACCAUAAGUUAAAUACGUGAUCAUUAUAGAUCGAAAUAUACUUUGUUACAUUCAUAUUUAUUUCAUUUACCUUGCAAAGGUCUGUAGCUCAUCAAAGUGGCCAUGACGUUUCUUAAUAGACUUGGCUUCAAAUUUGGAAGGUUUUCCUUUUUUUGAAGUGACAGUUUUUACGUGUGCAUAUUGUUUUGGCUGAAUCCAUUGUGUCUUUCUCAGCUCAAAUGUAGAGUCAGAUUAUCAUUUUAAACUCCAAUUGUUCUUUCUUCCCGUUUUUAAAUGCAAUUCGUUUUCUAACAGUAUUUAUUUAAUCAAUGUGCUAGAGAGUUGUAGCCAUGUUGGAAUAAGUCUGCUCACAUGUGUAAGUUAAUGGUAUCAUAAUGUGCAAGUUAAUGACUGUAUAAAUGUUGAGAUAAUUCCUAUCUAACAAACCAUUUUGCAUUUUUCAUAAUUUUUAAACAAAAAUGAUUUUAUGUUUGCCAAGAGACAAAGAGUACUGGUAUGUUUCUUUGUCUUUUAUGCUUGACACAAAUUUCAUACUAUUUUACAAUUUUACUCAAAUUUUUAAUCUUCAAAAGUUUUCUAAGCUUGUAUUAUUACAGACAAUAUGCUUUCUUAUGUUGUCCUAGUAUGUAUCUUUGAUGCCAAAAUUGUCGCCUGAUACACACAUAAUAUAUUUUGUAUAUCACAGUUUAUUUGUACAUUUGCUGGUUUGCCUCAACCUCUGCGCUGUCUGUAACUCAUGUCAAAUGUUCUGAUUGCUCACUUAUUAUAAACUGAUAAAUUUUACACAAGACAGCAAGUUUUACCCUAUGUUAUUAUGAUUUCUUGCUUCAUUUCUCAAUGUCUCUAGAAGGUGGGAUUUAAGUACUGGCUGUGUAUGAGUGCUUAGCAUUUAUUUCUAAGCUUCUUGUUUUGUAGAUAUCCAGUGUACAUUAAUAUCUGGAGUAGGUGUAAGUUUUUAUUUUAUAGCAAUUUGUAUUAAUUAACUCUAGACUGAUGUAGCCUUGUAUCAAAAUUAUAAGACAUUUUGACAAGUCUUACAAAAUAUACUCUGUGGUCCAGUUAUUACAUGAAAUAUGAAAUUCUAUAUUCUGGUAAGGGUUUUGAUAACCAGGUCAAUAUAAUUCUGCCUGAGACUAUUGCAGCUUUUCAGUUGUCUUGCUUCUCCAUUAUGUAAUCUUACUUUAUUUUCAAUGGUAUUUGAAUGGCGAAGAGACAUUCUUGAAAUGCUAAUCAGCUGUGAGGUUUGUGAUAUUGUUAAAUCAUCGGCUAUGAGAAACCUGCUACAUUCCUUCACUAUCCACCAGGUUUUGGGUACUUUCAAGUUUUCUUAUGCUUAUGUUUUCCUCUCUUCUUAACCAAGCAAUACAUCUUGUUUAGAUUUUAAAUGUGAAACUCAUAUGUGUGGAUCAGAUAACUUACUGUGUGAGGAGGAUGUGAGGAGUGUGGUACAGAGAAAAACAUAUUUUUGAGUUCACUUGAUUAUACUUAAUCAAUAAAUAGUAAUCAGGUAUUUAGUCACAGUACAGUUUAGGAGAGUAAGUUUUAUCACAUAGCUUUGCUGUAAACAUCAUGCAAUACAAAUAAAGUAAUAAAUUGGUUGAAA